UUAACAAUACAACAAAGUUAUUACAUGCACAGACAGCCCAGGAACAGGAAGGACUGAGCCAUCUGAAUGGCACAAGGCCGCAUUAACACUGAACUUCUGCAGACAACGUAAUGGAUCGCUCUCGGAGUGCCAGACUGGCUAAGAGCUCCUGGAACAGAGGAACUUGCCAAUGUUGUCUUUCAAACAGAAUUCAACCACUGGUGGUCAUCCAGUUAGACAAAAAGAUUCUUCCAGAGACUAAGAAGUGGCUAAUAUCUAAAAUUCAAGAAGCCGAACUGUUGGUUCAUCCUGGUGAAGAUGAUGAGGGGGACAUGAUCCUGCUUUCCAUUUCUCACUGCACUCUGUUACAUUCAGCUGAGACCCUUGGGCUUUCUAAAAUCUAUCACAACGGAGAAGUGAUGCCAUUCUCCAUCACUGACAGAGAAAACUUUUCAAAUGCAGCAAAUGAUGAGGAGUUUGUGACUCUUGCUGAGAAACAGUACAUUAUUAAACAGAGGCUGGAUCAUUUAAAGACUGUGGAAGAGGAAUCUAUUCCAGGCUGGCCUAUGAACAAAAAGAUUCUCAAAGGAGAGUUAAUAUUUAGAAAGCUUGUGAAGCAGGGACUAGUGAAGAAGGUCUAUCCACUGCAUGACGUAGUCAAACUGAAAGCCUUUGCUACUCAAUGGUACACAGAGAUCUCUUUAUCUAUACCAACAGAUGACAUCCACUCUUACUUUGGUACUCCAAUAGCUUUCUACUUCAGUUUCCUGGUGUUUUACACUUGGUCAAUGGUGCCUCCUGCAGUGAUGGGCGGACUUCUUUAUCUAAUGCCUUGGGACUCCUUGAUUGGCUACAUAACACUGGCUAUUUUUAAUGUCAUUUGGUCCACAGUAGUAUUAGAAUUAUGGAAACGUAGAAGUGCAGAACUGGCUUAUAACUGGGGAACCCUGCUGCUUAAGAGCAAUUUUGAGGAACCUCGGCCCAGCUAUUGGGGGCCUUUAGGGAAAAACCCUGUUACAAGACGGCAAGAACCUUAUUAUCCCAGUUGGAAAAGAAAAGUUCGGAUGUGGCUGGUGUCUGGGCCUCUAGUUUGUGCAUUACUGGGACUUUCAGUGAUGGGGAUGGUUGCUUUCUUCUGGUUUGAGCGUCUGAUGAAGUAUUACUACAAACAGACCCCUUGCUUGCUCACACUACCUCUCAUCUACCUACCAUCUAUAGUGCAUACGCUCUACACUGAUCUGAUGAAUAGAUUCUACAAAGGCAUUGCAGAAAUACUCACAGAGUGGGAGAACCAUCGAGUGGAGUCUUCAUUUCAAAAUUUUUACACACUUAAAAUUAUUGUGUUCACUUUCUUCAACAGUUUUGCUGUUUUAUUUCACAUUGCUUUCUUCAAGCAAGACCUGCAGCUUCUACAAAAGAGGCUGGCAUCAUUGCUGAUUGUUAGUCAGGUGAUUAACCAGUGCACUGAGACUCUAAUACCGUACAUGAAGGAAAGGCUUUUUCCUUUACCAGGGAAGAACCAAUCUAAGGAUGAUCCAGACAUUGACAAGAUGCAUUACCAAGGCCAAAUGACAACUUGCGCAGGUUUGUUUGGUGAAUACAUCGAGCUGUUCCUUCAGUUUGGCUACCUCAGUUUCUUCUCUUGUGUCUACCCCCUUACAGGGGCCCUACUAUUACUCAAUAAUCUAACAGAGAUCCGCACUGAUGCAUUGAAAUUCUGCAGGAUCUUCCAGAAACCCUUUGCUGUUCCAGAAGCAAACAUUGGAAUUUGGCAGACUGCCUUUGAAAUGCUGGGACUUGUAUCGGUCAUAUCCAAUUGCUUCCUCAUUCUGAUGUUACCUCAGAUGACAACCUACUGCCAAAACAAUGAAAUUGACAACAAGACAGUCCUAUUUCUUGCUUUUGUCCUUGAGCAAGCGCUUAUUUUUCUCAAGAUAAUUAUAGCUUUUGGAAUUCCUGAUGAGCCCGAAUGGGUGAGAAUAAAAGUUGCUCAAAUAGAAUUUCAAUCUUUUCAGGCUCUCAAACUACAAAAGCAAGGCUUGUGAUGAUACAAGGAAUUAUUAGGACAUAGGAAGCCAUACUUUAUUAUUUGCACUGCAGACUUAAAUGCACCUUGUUCUUCUAUACAAUUCCUGUGGAUUUUUUGUAAACUAUGCAUAUUUUUAACUUGUAAAGAAAAUAAAGGUUUAGUAUAUCUCUGUGAAAGACAAUGUUGACUUGAAUGCAACUUUCAAAAUCACUUUAAUGUUUAGGUAAAAAUGCUUAAUAACUAAAAUUUACUUAAUUAAGGGGAAUCAGCUUUAGAAAAAUGCACCUACAUUUUUGCACAAGGUCUAGAAAUGAGACUUAACAAAAACAUAGCUUUUCAGAUAGAUGUGCAAAAUGUACACAAGUCCCUUAAAAAUAGUGACCCUGCAAAAUAGCUUUGUUGACCAUCUUUCCGGAGAGAAUGAACGCUUUGAUUCUAAAUAUCCAGAUUUAAAAUUAGACUUAUGCAGCACUCAAACAAAUGUGAUCAAAUGCACAAAUUUGGAGCAGAUAAGAUCCAUUCAUGACCUUCCAGGAUCACCUUAGUGUGAAGUGAAUAGUCAGAAACAGCAAAGGUAAUGAAUGGUUGUCUGUCUGUCCUAUCAGUCAGUUUAUUCAGAUCAAUUCAGUUUCUUGCAAUCUGUGGUAAGGACGUGUACAAACUUCUGAAUGCUUUUUAUUUGAAAUCUGACAUAAAAGAUUCUAUGUCUGUAUAUUGACAUGAGGUAUAUCUUUAUUUUAUGGCAGACAUUUGCAGUGAUUAGAAGGCUGUUAUUAUUCAAAAGUUUAUAGACAAUGAGAUAUUGGUGUAUCUGAGGAAUAAAAAAGAUUAAGUGUCACUGUUGGUUUUAAAGACAAUUGCAAAUAAAAUAUUCAAUGUCUUGUAAUCAUACUGUAUAUGUAAGUACACAACUGCACUUUUUCUUGAAGCAAAAUGAAGUAUUGGAUUAAGUGUCUUUUUUAAUCACUUUUUUGAAGUUGUCUGUAAAGUAUUAGAUUAAAUCUAAAUGUAUCUUUUUUAAAGAGAUACUAAUAACUGAUGUUACCUUGUCAUCUUCUUCUUUAUUCUGUGUGUGCUGUUAAUUAAGGAGGAAUUUCAGCGAGUGCUGUGAUAGUAAAUCCCUCUUUACUAAUUGUUUACUGAGUGAAUCACUUAUUUCUUGGAUGUGGAUUAUAUCUUAACACAUUGAAAUAUAACUUACACUCCUACAUCUCUUUAAAGAACACUUAAAGAAACUGCCCUAAUUGUACAUUGUGGCCAAAAUUUUCUCCACCUGUAAUGCUGGACUUCAUGACCAGAAAUGGUAAUUCAACUGAAGCACGUUCAACUCAUUAUUUAUUUUAUUGAAACUUGAAAUAUAUUACAUAUUAACAACCUUUUCAUAGCCUCCCUUAUUAUCCUUAAUAAAAUAUUUUUUUGGUAUUUUUGCUCUGCACUGAAGUAAAAUUGCACAGUAGAUUCUGUAGUUUCUGUAACCAACAUUCAUCAAGUAAUAAAUAGUACAGACUGCUGCAAAUAAAAAAACAAAUUAUAUGCACAGGGUGUAUGAAUUUUUGUAAAUAGUACUUAACUUAAUACAGUUACUUUGAUUUAACAAUGAUGAAAUUAAAGGCAGGGGGUCAUUUAAAACUGUGAUGUGAUUCUUUUUUUUUUUAACCCACAAAGAACUUUCCUGUCCUUACUAUACUAGUGGAAAUUGUAAUGAAAAAAAAAACUGAUUAUACAUGUCAGUAGUUUGAUAAGUAACCCGAAAACACCAGAAUAAAAAGUAUUAUAAUAGUUAUAGAGGAGUCGGUUAUAGGAGCAAAUAUAAUUAAAUCAACACAAAAGACAAGAGAAAGAAAAUAUUUGCUUAUAGAUUUGUGAUCUUUAUGUUAAUAUUGCUUCACAUUGUUGUCCUUGUGUCAAGCAUUGU